AUGGGCGGAUGGUCAGUGUAUUGCGCGAUAUGUGGUGGUCCGUUCUCGAGCCACCUGGACAUCGACCCCGAAGAGACAGACGUGGAUGAAUUCUGUUAUCGUGACAAAGUCCUGAGAGAUUGCAAGCUAGAAUGGCUAGAGGAAGUAUGUGGUCUGGGUAUUAAUCCUGAUGCGCCUGGAAAUGAUAAUUAUCAUGCGAUGGACGACCCUCAAUUGCCUCACGUAUUUCCCUUCCAUCCAAUUUGCUACCAUGGUAUUCUCCAGAGGUGUAUCCAGCAAGAGAACACUGGGAAGCUUAAGGGGGAAGUAUUAGUUAAUGUCAUGGAAGAUUUGCUGGGGAAAACAAACACCAGGUUGGAGGUCAGUUAUGGCGAACCGGAGCCACCUACCGAACAGGAUUGGCUUAGUAUCAAAGGCCAAGAAGUUUUGGUGGUGAACCCGGUUGAAAUUCCCCAACUGAAAGCCGAGCUUGAUCCCAUCACAGAAUCUCUCGACAAGAAGGCAACAGCGGACCAGCAUUCCCGAAGCGAAGACAUUUUUGAUAGGCUUCCAGCUGAGUUGCGAAAUUGGGUUUUAAAGUUUCUCCCCGUUGGUUCUAUCCUUGCUCUGAAGGCCGCUUCAUUGGCGAUGCAUACUACCUCCUUGUCAGACGGCUUUUGGAAGCAUAGGCUGAGAAGUGAAAUACCGUGGCUCUGGGAGAUUCACGAUGUUGAUGUCUUUCAAUCCCAAGUGGUAGAGGAAAAAGCCUCCAACCUACUUGUGGAUAUUGAAAAAAAGAGUCAGUAUUCAUCCGAGAAUGAUGAUUACAUUUUUGGACUUGCCAACCGGAGGCGAAUUUGGGGCGUUUGCGAGCAGAUUCGAAGCCAGUAUUUGGAAAAUCUUAAGAAUAUUCCUAAUACAGACAGUGUGCAUUCCUAG